CUCUCCUCCCACUUUCCAUCCCUUUAUCAUCCCAUCCUCUCUGGACUCUGGCUCUUCUGAACACUCUCUGAUCUUAUAGUGGACCGGCACACAUCCAAUAUCAAAGCAGAAUGCCACUUGGAGGAGGAAACAAAUGCGGAUGCUGUAAGAAGACGGUGUAUUUUGCAGAAGAGGUCCAGUGUGAGGGACAAAGCUUCCACAAGUUUUGUUUUCUGUGCAUGGUGUGCAAAAAGAAUUUGGACAGCACAACCGUAGCCGUACAUCAGGAUGAGAUCUACUGCAAGUCCUGCUAUGGAAAGAAAUAUGGGCCGAAAGGAUAUGGAUUCGGUGGAGGAGCAGGAACCCUGAGCAUGGACACGGGCGAGGCCCUGGGCAUCAAACCAGCCGGACAAACACCCCAUCAUCCGACCAACAACCCCAAUCCAUCAAAGCUUGCUCAGAAGCUCGGGGGCACGGAUGUUUGUCCUCGCUGCGGGAAAGCCGUAUACGCCGCAGAGAAGGUGGUUGGAGGAGGAAACUCAUGGCAUAAGAGUUGCUUCAGAUGUGCAAAGUGUGGAAAGAGUCUGGAGUCGACCACGCUAGCAGAUAAAGAUGGAGAGAUCUACUGUAAAGCGUGCUAUGCCAAGAACUUUGGACCAAAAGGCUUCGGGUUUGGACAGGGAGCCGGUGCUCUCGCACAUGCCCAGUAAAGCUACAGUAAAACUACAGUAAAAACGACAGCUAAGAGCAUGAGGAAAACCUGCAAACCUCCCAAUGUUUGAGUGCAUUAUUUGCAUUUAUUGUUUUAGCUUAAUAAUAUAUACUAAGACCAAUUAUUCAUAUCAACAUAUAUUCAUGCAUAAUAAUAAACUGGGCUAUUUUUCACUUUACUUUGUAUCCAUUAGUUUAAAACUUGGACUGAUAAAAUCUAUUGUUUGUCUAGACUUAAAGGUAUAAUAUCAAAAGAUGAAUCGCCAUUACUCGCAUACAAAAUAAAAUUUAGUUUUUGCAUAAUAUAUGUGUAUGAACUGUGUGUAAUUAUUUUCUAUUAUAUAUAAAUACACAUACAUGCAUGUAUUUAAGAAACUUUCCAUGUUUAUAUAUAUAUUUAUUUAGAUUUGUAUAUAUUUUAUAUUAUAUAUAUAAAUCAAAAAUAUAUACAUAAAUAAACAUUUUCUUAAAUUAAUAUAUGUAUGUUUGUAUUUCUAUAUACAUAAUAAUUACACACAAAUAUAUUAAGCACAAACUUUUAUCUUUUGACAAACCAAAGUCAACAAAAAUGUAGAUUACAAUUUGACCGUAAAGCAAAAAUUCAAGCACAAAUGUUUGUAAACAGUGGAAAUCAUUGAAGAUCUUUUCAUGGUGUUUGCUGACAUCAAACACACAUCAAGAACACAGUGUGAUGCUUAACAAUGAGUGUUUGUGUUUGUGAGACUGUCACUGCUCUGAUCCAAUGAGAUGAUGCUAUACAGACCAAAACACAGAUGGACAAAACCUUAAGACAUCUUCAGUGAUUGUCAAGUUUUAUACUGGGACUGAUGUCUUUCUGCACAAAUUACAAACAAACAACUGUUUUCAAAUCAGCUGCUGUGAAACAUUCAUGUCCAUUUAAGUUUUCCAUUAAUUGAUAAAAUGUCUUUGUUCGUUCAUUUCUUUCAAUUCAAUGCUUUAUGUAUCAAUAAAAGAAUAUUACCUUAUAAGGUAAAAUAAA